AUGGUUGAAGAAAAAAGUUUAAGAAAUCAAAAGCACAAUGAAAGAGCAAAAGAACCAGCUAAAAUUAAGAAGCUUGGUACAGAGACAAAAGUUCUGGUAAAGAAGCCGGUUGCAGGAAAAGAUGUAAUUGGGAAAUUUUCUUCAGAAUGGAGUGAAGGGUAUAAGAUAUUAAGAAGAGAGGGAAACAGUUUCUGGUUGACAAAAGGGAGAGGGAGACCUAUAAAAGUAUUUAUGGAUAAUGUGAAGCUCGAUCCAAAACCAGAUGAAACCCAGGAGGGGGAAGUUUCUGAGGGAUAA